AUGGUUGAGGCUGCGGACAUUGCCGUCGUCUCGUUUGACCGCUUCAUUAACGGCAGUGACGCGGACAGGCAAGCGGUAGCCAAGGAAGUCUACGACGCAUUCAGCACUGUGGGAUGGGUAUACAUAUCCGACCACGGCAUCCCACAAUCACGUGUAGAUGAAGUGUUCGACCUUGCCAAGUCCUUCUUCGACCUUCCCCUCCACCAAAAGCUCGCAUGGCGCCUCAAAGACGCAGAAGUAAACCAAGGCUACACCGCCGACGGGGACGAAGCAAACGGCGGCAUCGACCACAAAGAGUGCUACGAACACCGCCGCUUUUCGAAUCCUCAAUGCCCGUCGUCAAGCGACCUACCGCGCUUCAAAGAAACACUCGACGACUUCUAUAGCCAAUGCCUUACCCUCGCAUUGAACGUGCUGAAAUGCCUAGCCAUGGCCAUGCACCUAGGCGACACUUUCUUCGACAACAUCACCCGCCGCGCAGACCCGCAGCUCCGCCUCCUCCACUACCCCUCCAUCUCGCGUAAGAUCCUAGAGCAAGAAGGCCACGCGAGGAUCAUCCCGCACACAGACUUCGGCCUCUGCACGCUGCUCUUCCAGGACGAGGUAGGCGGGCUGGAAGUCGAUCCCUUUCACACGGGGGACUUCAAGCCUGCGGUUCCGAAGCGGGGCACCGUCCUCAUUAACAUUGCGGAUCUGCUGCAGCGGUUGACCAACGAUCGGUGUCGCAGUACGGUUCAUCGGGUUGUGAGCCCUAGUGUUGCUGGGGAGAUUCUGCCCUCGAGAUACUCGAUUCCGUUCUUUAUUCAUCCGGAUGCGGAGGCGGUGAUUGAGCCGAUUGUGAAGGGGGAAGGGGAGGUGAAGAAGUAUGAGGCUGUUAAUGCUGGGGAGUGGAGGGUUUGGAACACGAAGAAGAAUUAUACGAUGUUGAAGGGGGGCGUUGCUGCGGCAUGA